AUGGCACCCCCAACCUUCGAGUUUGACUUUCAAACGACGGGUGGAAACUUCACCGGAAAGGUUGCUUUCAGCGCAGGGCUGUUCAUCAACAAUGAGUUUGUGGAAUCUGUUGAAGGUUCGACUGUCGAGCUCGUAAACCCGACGGACGGGAAGCCUCUUGGUCAUGUCAGUGCAGCCACUGACAAGGACAUCGACAUUGCCGUGAAGGCGGCUCGAGAAGCGUUUGAACAGAGAUGGGGAACCAAGCUUGCUGCCCUGGAAAGUCUGAAUAAUGGAAAGACUGUUUUCGUGUCACGAUUUGUAGAUGUUCAAGGCUUCGUGAACACGUUGAGAUACUAUGCCGGGUGGGCGGACAAAAUCCAUGGGAAGACCAUUGAAGUGAAUGACGCCAAGUUUGCAUAUACACGCCAUGAGCCCAUUGGAGUCGUCGGUCAGAUUAUUCCCUGGAACUUCCCCCUCGGCAUGUUCGCUUGGAAGAUUUCCCCUGCACUUGCCACCGGGAACACUAUCGUCAUCAAGCCGUCCGAGUGGACACCACUCACGGCCAUCCGUGUUGCGGCUCUUGCGAAGGAGGCCGGAUUCCCCAAGGGCGUUCUAAACGUUGUUACAGGACUUGGAAGUGUUGCGGGCGCUGCCAUAUCGAGCCAUAUGGACAUUGAUAAGGUUGCUUUCACUGGAAGCACGCUCGUGGGAAGGCAUAUCCUCAAAUCGGCGGCUGCUUCGAACUUGAAGAAGGUCACCCUAGAACUGGGCGGGAAAUCUCCGUCUAUCAUUUUUGAUGACGCCGACUUGGACAAGGCCGUCAGCUGGGCCGCCUUUGGUAUUGUAUUCAACCACGGCCAAACUUGCAGCGCUGGCUCGCGUGUCUAUGUGCAUGAGAAGAUAUAUGAUGAGUUCUUGCUGAAGUUUACGGAGAAGCUGAAGAGCCUGAAAGUUGGGAACCCAUUCGCUCCAGACACUUUCCAAGGCCCCCAAGCGUCCGAAACGCAAUUCAAGCGUAUAAUGGGUUAUAUCGAGAGUGGCAAGAAAGAUGGUGCCACACUCCACCUUGGUGGAAGUCAGCAUGGUACGGAAGGCUUUUUCAUCGAGCCUACCAUUUUCACGGACGUGAAGCCGGAUAUGAAAAUUAUGAGGGAAGAGAUAUUUGGCCCAGUUGUUGUCGUUGCCAAGUUCUCAAAUGAUGAGGAAGCUGUGCGUCUGGCGAACGACACGUUGUACGGGUUAGCAGCAGGCAUCUUCACGAAAGAUAUAUCCCGUGCCAUCGACGUUUCGAACAAGCUUAAGUCUGGAACCGUAUGGAUAAACGAGUUCAACAAAGUCGAAGUGACCUUACCAUUUGGUGGGUACAAACAGAGCGGAAUUGGCCGAGAACUCGGUGAAUAUGCACUCCAGAAUUACACUGAAGUGAAGGCCGUGCACAUCAAUCUUUCAGCUACGCCGCCGAUCUAA